AUGUUUCCGCUGAAGCGCUGGCUGGCAGUUAUACAUGUACUGAGUAUUUGGACUAUAGGAUAUGCUAGAGGCUGUGGUGAUCUACGGAUUUUGAUCGGCAAACAGUGCUGUGAUCUGUGUCCCCCAGGUGAAUAUGUGAAGGAGUUCUGCACUGAGCACAAGCAAACUGUCUGUAGCCCUUGUGAGAGGGGCUCCUUCUCGAAUGAAUACACUAUGUUUGACAGAUGUCAGGAAUGCCAGUCAUGCAAACAUGAAUAUCUUGAAAAAUGUACACCGACCACAAAUGCAAAAUGUUCAUGUCCCUCCGGUUUCCUGUGCUCUGACAAUGUCUGUUCGACUUGUGAGGAAAAAAAAUGCUUUGCAGGGGAGAGACUGAACAGGACAGCCGUUUCCACAGGUGUAGGGUUGAUAAGGUAUUCAUAUCAGUGCGAGCCUGCAUGCCCUGGUAAUGCCUAUUUUGAUGCAAAAGAGGAAAUAUGCAAACCAUGGACACAGUGCAGUGCUAUUGGACUUGCUGAACUGUUUCCAGGAAACAAAACCCACAACUCAGUUUGUGAUUUACAUGCAGUGAUCCACAGCAAUGGUGGAAACUCCAGCCAUGAGAUUCUUAGCAUUGGCUUUGUUUUGCUCUCUCUCAGCCUCCUUGUGUUUCUAUCUUCUGCCUGUGCAAAGAACCUAAGGAAUUACAAAGCAAAUGGUAAUCCGAUUUUAGUGGCCCCUGCCAACGACAGUGACUUUCACCUGUCAAAGGAGGAGUGUGGACUCCAGCUCCGCAUUCAGGAUGAAUACAAGGACAGCAACAGUUAUGGCAAACUGCCUCUGGGAAAAGUCACCACUCACUGAUAUAAAGUCUAAGAUGACAUGACCAGUCUGGUUAGCUAAAUCUUAAAAUGUUGAUGUGAUGCUACAAUAGAGUAACCGUAAACACAGAAACCUGUAAAGGUUAGAGGUGACGGCUUUGAUCCCUGGACCGAAAGGACAGACCUGGACAAGAAGCUGAAAGACCAGCACUUGUGCCUUCACCAUUACCACUGCUCAGGUUCCAUUGGGCAAGGCACUUAACUCCCAUCCGCUCCAGUAGUGCUACUCAGUGGUCAGCAGAUCAGACGAUGGUGGCAACAUCUAGGUUUGAAUGUGUGAAUGUGUGAAUGUGAAGUAGAAAUAGUAAAAAAAAAAUUUUUUUUAAAUCUGUGAAUAUCUAAAGAAUUAGCUAUUUCAGUGUCUAUAUUGCACUUACUAACUUGGCUGGGGUGUGACUAAAGGUUAUUAUUGUGAAUCUUCUGAAAUUAUUUGAGCAAUUAUACGUUUU